AUGGGAAAGAAAAAAGAACAUGUGGUGAAGGAUGGUGCAGGUAGUGGUCCUGGUGGAGGGGCUGUGUUUAGCUUUCUUUGCCCUUUUUGUUUGAUUGCAACCGUCUCCGAUUACAGUGUUCGAUCUUCUUCAGCUUUAAUGGAUCCACUAGGUGCAGUCGAUGAGGCUAUCUUAAGCGUCCCGGAAGCUGAAUUGACAAAGGAAAGAGAGAAGACAAAGCUCAUGAAGGAGUCGGCAAGGGCCGAUCAAGCUGCACUGGAAGCGAAGGAGAGAGAACUAGCAAUGCUUGUGAGAAAGAAGGAUCGAAUGCUUGCAACCAAAGAAGCUGGGGAUAGAUUGGUGGAUGUUUUCCUCGAAGCAGAUGGUAAUAACGAGAAUUUUGAUGAGACAGCUAUGAUGGACGCUAUUUUAGCUUUGAUAAGGGAUGAUGGUGGCGAUGACGGAGGCGAUGACGUCGUCGAUGAAGGCGGCGAUGACAGUGGCGAUGGCGGCGACGGGGAGUAAUAGCUUGCGGCAACGGUGGUGGAUAUGCCGGUGUUUUCUGUACCGACCACCUUGAAUAAAGACAAACCUGGGUUUGAAUAAGUUUUCAACUGCUCUGACUCUGCUCUGCGCUUUUGUUAUUUUUAGCUUCUUAAGUUGAAUAAAAAAAGGGUGCCAAAAUAAAAGAAUGUUGAAUAUUUGGAAUAGUAAUUAUCCUUUUAGUUUGA